ACUAUCCACUUACCUCGCCGAACUGCAACGCCGCAGCGACCCCGCACUGAAAAGCCUCCGUGGCUUAUGACCACGGAGGCAUUUGUUCCCCACACAUUUUCCAUUCAGCAAAUAGCGCAGGCAGCAAAGAGCUGGAGCGCCGUUGCAAUGAGGGGAUUCCAGCGCUCCUAUUGGCGGUCAAACGUGUGCGUCAUGAGUCACGUGAAAGUGGCGACCAGCCGAGGGCGGGUCUCCUGUGUGAUUGGCUGGGACGUUCCUUUUUUUUAAUUGGUUCGCACGUGCGUGAGUGCAAGCGUCAUCAAAGAGACACUAGCCCCUUCUCUAAAGACGUCGGCACAUGCUGACGUCAGCAGAGAAUCGCUGCGCUUUCUGUGGUUGAGACACGUCAUCAACAGUCGCCUGGAAAAAGCGAAAACCACUACUAUUCCAUUCAUUCGCUAGUUUGCUCACUCGGCCCGGCUGCGCCGAUUCGUUUGGCCUUUUUCCCCAUAAUUAAGACGUCUCCACAAGACGUCGUUGGGCGAUCUUGCUAGGCCCUUGCUUCAGUCGCUGCGAGAACACGUCAUCAGCAAGCGCGUUCGGAAGUGAAAGCGGAAGCCUGCUCGCACGCAUGCCUCUUGUACUUCUUCGCUCGCCGCCGACAUUGCUCUGCACUCGGGUUCCCUGCUCCCAAAUAAAUUCAACCAGUGGUUUUUCUGCAGGGCAAUGCCAUUCCCCGCAAGCAUUCCCCCACCCCCGCCCGCACACGAAAAUGGAUCAUUUCUGCGCAGCGCGUGCGGAAUCUUCCACAACGGAACUUCCAUGGUUCGCAUGUUGACACGUCUACAUAACUCGAUGUAUUGUUGUCAUUUCGGAAUCAUAACGUACGAACGUCACGACGUCCGAUCCUGGCGGUUUUUCAAACGGACAAACGCACAUGUGCACUUCCAUCCCCCGACCGUUUUCUCGUGGCGCCGAAAACGAUUGAAAAUGUCGCGUGCGGCUGCUGCCACAGGUGUCCCUGCCCUUAGGCGCAAAGGGGCAUUCUGGAAGGCGCAGGAAGUGAUGGUGAUGUUGGGGGCCGUGAAGGAGGCUGGCAUCAGUCCUCUCCUCAUGGGGGCUACAAAGCUCCCCAACAAGAAGGAAUUUGGGUCCGUGGUGCGCGCCCUGAAGGCCAGGGGUUAUCAGAGGACCAUUGCACAGGCACGCACGAAGUGGAAAAAUCUGAAAAAGGAUUUUUACGACUCGAGGAGAAGGUGGCAGGGGAGACCACCCCCACAAGAAAGGCCACACUUCUACCUCGAGUUCGAGGAGCUGUGGCACCUGGCUGGAGAGCCCUCGGAGGAGGAGAGGUACGCAGAACGCCAACCAUCGGCGACCGAGGCUGCCCAGUCCUCCGAGGAGGAGGAGGCGGAGCAGGAGGAAACCAGCUUGGUGGCUGGCGAAGGAACAUCUGCGGCAACCGCUGGACCCGCUCCCACAUACACCACGCCACCAAGGCCUGCAGGGUCCCUUGAGGGAAUAUCUCCUGCCAACAUGGUUCUCAUGAUUCGAGAUCUACAACGCCGUGUUCGCACCCUCGAGGAGGCCAACCUGAAGCAGGCGGCAGACCAGCACACCCUCCGGCAGACAGUCAAGGAGUUGGAGGCGACCGUCGAGCGGCUCAUGGUGCUCAUGGAGCAGGGAAAUUAAAUAAUGAACAUGG